AUGCCUGUCUACCAAAUCCACACUCCCUUCGCCCGGCCUAUCUUCCCCAUCUCCUUUCCAACCUUCCUCUCCAUCGUCCUCGUCCUGGGCUAUCUCCAAUUCCUCUACGGCAUCUCCUUCAUUCUGCAUCCCGUAUGGCCCUUACGCUUCGGCUCUCGACCCUUCAAGAAGACCAUCCAGGAUGCUGAAAAACAAGCCCUCGACAUCAUCGUCGGUAUCAUACCGCCACCCGUUUAUCGAUCACCGGUGCCCAGCAGUGCCUUUGCGAAUGAGGAAACCACUUUCCACCGGUACCCGGGCCCGCAUCGUUCCUUGUAUGUGAGCUAUGAGAAUGCUCGCACCACACUACCACGUGUCGUCGAGCUGGACGAUUUCCCACAGGGUUAUCACAGCAAUGGACGACCUCAUUCCUCGCACAACUUGCACCUCGAGAACCAGAUGCCGGAUAGCGGUGCUAAGCACAUUGGACCUUCUCCACUUGCAGGAAUGCACGAUCACUCUGGGUCACAGUACGAUGGUGCUGGAAACUCCGUUCCAUCGACUGAUGGCCAAAGCAACGCAGUUCCAACCAAGCCAAUCCAGCAUGUUGUCUUUGUCCAGUCGGCCUCCCCGAAGCAGUCACGCGAGCAGCGGAAAGAGGAGCACUCGGUCAUUGAUGUAGUGCAUGGCAUCACCAUUGAUUCUCUCGAAGUCAGUCCCGUCGAAGCCAACCCAGUCGAGAUCGAGCCUGUCGAGGCCAAGCCUGUCGAAGCAAAGCCCGUCAAAGUCACUCCCAUCAACACAACCGAGCCAAGUAUCAAUUCCAGCCCAACCUCAUCCGAAGACCCCAAAGUCUCCAUCGACGUGACUCCACCCUCCUCCUCACACUACACUGACGAAUCAAUUGCUCUCAGCCUGCCAAACAAUCGCACCGCCAAGUGCCAUUCAACGGAGAGUUACCCUGGAAAGUUCCCCGUCAGCGAGGGGUUGGACUACAGCUCUCUGGCUACCGCUUCGUCGAACUUUCGUGAGAAGGGGACUACUCAUGUGCGACCUUUUUCUGAUUACUAG